GACGCUGAUUUCUGGUGCUGGGGCAGAACUCUGUAGAAGCCCAGAGGAAACUUCCAGGCCAGCACAAUCUGAAGAAAGUUCACUCACUAUGGAGGCCACCAAUGCCAUUGAGAAACUUCGAGCAAAGUGCCUAGAACGUGGGGCAUCUGGUAUCAAAGGCCUGGCCAGGUUUUUUCGUCGACUGGAUGCCAACAGGAGUCGGGCUUUAGAUGCCGAUGAACUUCAUCGGGGGCUGGAGGAGAUAGGGCUGGCGCUGGAGGCUGGUGAGGCUGAGCUUAUUUGCAAGCAUUGGGACCGUGAUGGCAAUGGGACCUUAGACCUGGAGGAGUUUCUUCGAGCCCUACGGCCACCCAUGUCUAAGGCCCGGAAGGAUGUCAUUUCAGCUGCCUUUGCCAAGUUGGACAGAAGUGGAGAUGGCGUGGUGACUGUGGAUGACCUUCGGGGCAUUUACAAUGGUCGGAAACACCCCAAAUUUCAGAGUGGCGAGUGGACAGAGGAUGACGUGUUCCGGAACUUCUUGGACAACUUUGAUGCUGGCGACAAGGAUGGGCAGGUCACUGCGGCGGAGUUCCUGGACUACUACAGUGGCCUGAGUGCUUCUGUGGACACAGAUGAAGAGUUUGUGGCUAUGAUGACCAGUGCCUGGCAACUGUGACCAAUGCUUCCCAGACCCAAGGGAAGGAACCAGAAGCCCAGCCCUUGACUAGGCUAGAGCCAUUCUCCCCUGCCCUCCCCCACCCCAAACCAGUUCAUCUUUCUCUGCCUCAGCUUAACCACCUCCACCCCCAGCCUACUCCUUGAUUCAGGAUUUUGGGAAAGCUUUAGUAUCACCAAAUUUGGAGUCAGAGGAAAUAGAUUCAAAUGCUGAUUCUACCUCUUUCUGACCCAUUUGGAUGUGGGUAAAGUCCCUUCCCUCCACUGGGCCUUUGGUGCAGUGGUGGAAGGGAACUCAGAGACCACCUAGUCCAAUCUCUCCCUUCCACAGAUGAAGUGAUUGACCUGGGGUGGUCAUUCAGGCCUUCUACACCCCACAGACCUCUCUGGCUUAUCUCCAAGACUCCUUCCUCCCCUAAAAUCCAGUCCUCCUAAAGCUAUUCAAGAAGUAGAAAGGGUGGGUUCUCAAUUUGCCCUGAAACUGGUUAUCAAUAGUCCCCUCACUCCAUAAGGGGUUUCCCCCCGUGCUUCUGAUACUCCACUGCUUCCCCCUCCAAUCUCCUGGGCAUGCAUGAGAGACCCAUGCAAGCCUCCUAUCCAGACCCAGUACUCAUCACUGGCCCUCCCAUCCCUGCCCCCAUCUCACAAGGAGGUUGGCACAGGCUGUGGCCCUCUAGGCAGCUUGGCUUGUUUGGCCUGGGAAACUACCCUUCCCCCUCUUCUCCAAAUCUGCCCCCUUGUACCCGCUUUUCAAAUGAAAUCCAUGCUCCCUGCUGGCCUCUCAACUU